CCACCACCACCACCACCGUCAUCAGCUCCGCCGUCUACCGCCACCGAUUCCCUCCUCGACUUACCGCCUCUUCCCACCCCCACCACCAAGGUCCGCCUUUUAUGCAGCUACGGUGGCCACAUAGUUCAACGUCCUCACGACAAAACUCUCUGUUACGCCGGCGGUGACAACCGUGUCGUCGCCGUCGAUCGUCGUACCACCGUCGCAUCUCUCUCCGCAUUUAUGGCCCAUCUUUCCCGUACCCUUUAUGGUAACCGUCCGUUUUAUCUGAAAUACCAGCUACCUAAUGAGGAACUUGAUUCGCUUAUUUCGGUCACGACCGAUGAGGAUUUACAGAACAUGCUUGAAGAACACGAUAGGACGAUCGCCAUGAGUGCGUUAACAUCUUCACGUAUCAGAUUAUUCCUCUUCCCGGUAAAGCCUGAAUCAUUGGGUUCGGCGUUACUUGAUUCUAAAGCUGAUUCGUGGUUUUCCGAUGCUUUGAAUAAUACGCGGAUUGCUAGAAGGGGACAAUCGACUGAUUCGGGUUUUGGGCAUGAGCUUAUCGGGUUUGAAAAUACGGGUGGGUCGAAUUCAGGGGAAAAUUUGAGUGCGAUUGGAGGGGGUGCUGGAGAGGGCAAGCAAGCGUUGGAUUUUGGUGGUGGUUCGGUGCCGGAGACUAUGGUUUUGGAGACGAGUUCUUCGUUUGGGUCGACAAGUUCUUCCAUUUCUAUGUCUAAUAUACCUGCUAUUGGAGUUCAAGCUGAGGAUGGUGGUGCUAAUUUGCAGGACAAAAAAGUUAGAGUGCCUUCAUCAUCAGCUUUAAUGGAUAAUGACAAUAUUGUUGGAAGUACUGGUUUUCAACCUAAAGUUGGAAUUCACCAAGAGCCACUUGUUCAAGUAAUGUCCAGCAUGGCCUCACACAGUCUCAUCGAAGCAGAAGGCUCCAUUGUCAAUCCUACUCUCAUUCAGACACCGAAAAUGGUUCAGGUUUCUGGGUAUCAACUACCUCAAACAUUGGAUGGGAAGCAGCCCCAACAUGGAAUGCAAUAUAUUCAUGGUGGUGCUUGUUAUGUACCUAACUAUCCUAGUGGUCCAUUGCCAGUAUCAUCCUGUUAUCCAUUAUAUCAGGUUCCCAUGCAGCAGCCGCAACAAACUCCUUAUCCACUGAAUCAACAGUACCCAAUAUACUUUGUUCCUGUGCAGCAAAUGCAAUCUCACAGUAUGUCAGUGCUGCCCAACAUUAAUCAUGCAGCAGUGAUGGCGUCCAAUCUGCCAACCUUGCAUCCACAAAGUGUCAUGAGCCUUCCAUCAAUAGCUUAUAAGGAGGUUGUGACAGCUCAAUCAGUGUCUGAGCCGGUUUCAAAAGUUUACACAACAGUCCCAACAACAUCACUACCCAUUAGUGCCCCUUCUCAGACUCAGCAACAAUAUACUACCCUUCCUGAACCACAGCUUAGUUCCCAACCCGUCUCAACUGCAUCAGUUCCUGUUGCGAAUGAUGCAAAUGAGUUUGACGAUGAUCUUGCAUACAAUCAGAUAUAUAAAUCUCAGCCUCCUCCACCUUCUUUCAUUUCCCAGUGCCAAACCAUUACAAAGGGGGCAACAGUAUUACUGUCAGAGUCUUCCAUGCAGAUGCACAGUAACAAUGUAAUGAACCAGGCACCAUCACAUCCUCAGUGAGGCUGUGAAAAGAAGAUCAAAAGUUUUGAUAGGGGGUUCAUCUUUUCUUAUAGUUCACAAGUUCUAAGAUUUAUUCUUUCAUCUUGUUUGAGGCACGUAAACCAAAAGUUUUUCUUGUGUAAUUUGUUUCUCUUUAUUUAAUAUUUGUUAGGAUAAUCCCCAUACUCUGAACACAUCUAUACCCAUAAAGAGAAAAAAAAUGAAGAAAGUUAAACAGUGGUGAAGACUGAAAGUAGUUUUGGUUUGUAUGCAUCAGAAUAUAUAUGAUGAAUGACAAUGUGUGCUUUUACCGUAAA